AUGGCAAUGCAGAACCAAGUCUCGGGAUGGCACACGGAUCAGACUGCCUUUUUCACAUCGGGCGGGAGCAGCGUGGGUUUGACCGGACCGCUUGAGGUGACACCGCCUCCAAACCAGGGGUCGGCCAUCCCAGCGCCAUCCCAGCGCCAGGUGCCGCUUGUCGGCUUUCCCCCAGUGGCCCCUAGGCAGGCAAGCCACCAUGCGACCGUAGCUAUCUCUCUCCUCCAGGACGAGGGACCUGUCCACACGGCAUGUGGGCCGUGGACCCGCCGCGGCUGCUGCUUGCCCACGGCGCCCACUGCCCCCACUGUCCAACCGCCCAGCGCUGGGGCUGGCGCCGGGCCCGACCCACGGCUGUGGCCUGGCCGGCGGGGGGUUCGGGCCCCACUUAGCGCUGUAAUUAAAGGGCGUCACAUCCCGUACGAAGAUUACACUCUUGCCCUUUUCAGGACAGGCCAAAAUCCCCCCCGUUGGCCCCAAAUCAACAACCUUGGAAGUGUUCAGCCAUCAGCCUCCAAAGGAGUCGGCGUGGAUAGCUUCAUCCAGUUCCAGUUCUCUCCCUCCUGGCAAUCGACUAGCUGCGGCAUGACGCGUGCGGGUUGCUGCGAGUCCGGUAAAGAAACCACGGACUCCAACUGUUUUCGGGCCCCUGAGGAGCUGUAUGGUCCUCUCAGCCUCACCAGGUCGACCCUUCGCAAGAGCAUCAGCGUUAUCUGCAUCAGCAUCAGCACCAGCACCAGCAUUCGCAUCAGGACACGCCCAAUAGAGCCAAGAAUGAAACAAAAGGCAUUGAAAGGAUAA